UUCCGUCAGGGCUUCGAUUAUCACCCACACUCUCGAGAAGCGCUGCCGCGCGCACGUGAAGCUAGGGGAUGUUGUGAACUCGUCUGUUACUGUAUUUAUUUUCCAAAUUUCCGUUCUGUAUAAUUUUACAAUGGUAGAAGUAGACGAGGAUCCCCAGUUGGGGUUCGAGUCCGAGGAAGACGACGACGAAUUAUCAGACGGCGAGCUGCAAGAAGCUUUCGCCAAAGGCUUGCUCAAACCUGGACUCAAUGUUCCUCUGCAUGAGCCGAAGAAGGCCAUCAACAACGUGGAGGGUCUUAAGAAAUGCCUGGCUGAGUUUAAGAAGAAUCUGCCAUGGGCUGAAAGGCUGGACCUCACUACCUACCCAGCUGUUGACAUCGCUGCAAAAGCAGAGGGCAGAGUGCAGCAACCAGAAGGCAGUGAAGAUGUGAACGCAGAGGAUGACUUUCAGAGGGAGAUGUAUUUCUACCGGCAGGCCCAAGCGACUGUUUUAGCGGCGCUGCCAAAACUGCGUAAGUUCAAGAUCCCUACCAAGAGACCCGAGGAUUACUUCGCGGAGAUGGCCAAGACCGAUCAGCACAUGCAGAAGAUUAGGAAAAAGCUCCUUCUGAAGCAAGCCGCAAUGGAGAAGUCAGAAAAGGCCAAGAAGCUGAGAGAACAGAGGAAGUACGGCAAAAAGGUUCAAACACAGGUGAUUCAGAACAGACAGAAACAGAAGAAAGCAAUGCUCUCGGCUGUAAAGAAGUAUCAGAAAGGAAUGACGGAUAAGCUGGAGUUCUCUGAAGGAGAUCAAGAUCAGAGACCGAAAGGAUCAGCUACAAAAAAGCAAAUAAACAACAAAGGUCCAAAUUCUAAGAGGAAAUACAAGGAUAAGAAGUUUGGCUUUGGGGGAAAGAAGAAGGGCAGCAAAUGGAACAACAAAGAGAGCCAUGACGACGUUUCUGGGUUCAGGGCCAAAGUGGCUCAUGGGAAGGGCGGGAAAAAUUUCGGCAAAAGAGGCAAGACGAAUAAACGGCCAGGGAAGGAGACAAGGAAGAAAAUGAAGACACGCAAAUGAGCUGUAUCUUCCCAUUAGUACCUCUCCCUCAAAUGGAUUGUGCCAUUAAAAAGACUUUUUUAUCUAUAUUUCCUAUUACUUGGGUGAAGAACGCCUUUGUUCUUUUUCUGGCAAACACUUUUGUAUUGUACAAGACUUGCCCGCAUUUCAGAAGAUUAAUUUUUUAUGUUUGUAUUAAGCAGACCAAUGUUAGCACGCCACCAAUAAAACCCAGUUUAAAAAUUA